AUGGCGAGCGUGCACCCCCCGGACGACCUGCUGAAGAUGACACACAGAGAAAACUGGAAGGUGCAGCAUGAGCAUCUGCAUGUGAAGCACAGGGGCCACGAGGCCAUGCACGCUGAGAUGGUGCUGAUCCUCAUCGCCACGCUGGUGGUGGCACAGAUAGUCCUGGUGCAGUGGAAGCAGCGGCACCACCGGUCCUACAAUCUGGUGACUCUGGUCCAGAUGUGGGUGGUCCCUCUUUACUUCACCAUCAAACUGUACUGGUGGAGGUUCCUGUCCAUGUGGGGCAUGUUCUCCGUCAUCACCAGCUACGUCAUCUUCAGAGCCACUCGCAAGCCGCUGUCCUGCAGGACGCCGAGGAUGGUGUACAAGUGGUUCCUGUUGAUCUACAAGCUGAGUUAUGCAGUGGGCAUCCUGGGCUACUUGGCCAUCAUGUUCACCAUGUUCGGCUUCAACGUCUUCUUCAGGAUCAAGGCAGAGGACUCUAUGGACGUAGGCGUAAUCAUGCUGUUUUACGGUCUUUACUACGGCGUCAUGGGCAGAGACUUUGCUGAAAUCUGUUCUGACUACAUGGCUUCUACAAUUGGGUACUACAACAAGGGAGGCAUGCCCAGCAGGAGCCUGACCAACGACAUCUGCGCCGUGUGCGGUCAGAAGAUCCUGGUGGACGUGGAGGAGGAAGGAUUUAUAGAGGACACCUACCAGCUCUCCUGUGGACACAUAUUCCACGAGUUCUGCAUCCGCGGCUGGUGCAUCGUGGGUAAGAAGCAGACGUGUCCGUACUGCAACGAGAAGGUUGACUUGAAGAGGAUGAUGAACAACCCCUGGGAGAAGACACACGUCCUCUACGGGCAGUUGCUCGACUGGCUCAGAUACCUGGUUGCCUGGCAGCCCAUCAUCAUCGGUAUCGUUCACGGGAUUAACUUCUCCCUGGGCCUUGAGUAGAGCCCAGAGGAACGCCGCCGUAGGUAUGUCAGGAGUCGAGGGAAGUGCGAGAAACGUUUGGCAGCAAACUGUCAAAGUCAGCGCUACAAGGAACUGACCCGGGCUGCUUUUGAAGUCUUUUGUUUCUUUCGUACGUGUUCUGCGACUGAACGCUUGCACAGUUCCCCGCAGACCGAUCCCACGUGGCCUGCGUCGCCGUGUGCAGAGGACACGGCGAUCCCAAAACUGCUGCCAACUUGGACAAAAAUAUUUAAGCACAGAUCCAGUAUUUGAUCUUUUCAAAACGUUUGACACAGGAAAGAUGUGUCUGGUUUGGAACUUAUGGAAACGUUGCUCUCAUGCAUGAUGUUUUUUUUUUUUUUGAGAUAAACCAAUGCUUUUCUAUGUACUGUGUCAUGAAAAUGCCUUUUAUUUUUUAUUUUUUUAGUAGUUUUAUUUGCACUCCUCCCUGCUGGUUCCAUUGACACCACUAACGAGUUUCUGCCCAAACUCUUCUUUUAAAAGACUUAAUGUGCAUUUGGAAGGCUGCAGCUCUUUGCACAUUGAUUACAAAAAGGAUAAUUCUGUCCAAAUAGUUGUGGUUUACACAAAACCUGUUUACAUUUCAUGUAACUUUGUUUAUUACCGAAGUUUUUUUGGAACGUCUGUUUCGUCAUCUUUUAAUUUGUAUGAGGCUAAAGUAAGUGGUCAGUUUAUUGUAGCAGUUUGAGUAAAUACGUCACCAUUGAGUUUCUGAAGGAGUUUUGUAGACUGCAGUUACCACUGCAGCCGAACCUCCAGGAUGUAAACCCGUGUAGAAGGGAGUAAAACAUCCCGUCAAGGAUCAAUUUGAGGAUUGUUUUACAGAACUGGGGGAUAAAUGGGUAGCGUGUACUCUUGGCUUUGUUGUCAUUCUCCCAACACGGUGGCAUGUGCCCCUUAACUCCCAAUCUUUUAAUAAUGAGGUAGAAUGGGUUUGAUCAGAUCCUUGAAAAGUUUUCCAUCCAUCAGGAAGAAAACUUUCCUCUGUCAAAUCAAAUAGACGUUGCUUUCUUAUCAAGUCUGCUGCUAUUAACUUUGUAUUAAAUAAAUAUUUA